AUACACCUACGUCAUUUCUCUUCUUCAGAACUCCUAAGAAUUGAGUUAUGAGAAGAUGGAGACGGGGAAGAAUCAGUACAACUUAAGGUGGAAUAGUCACACGUUCACGUUCGUGAGGCUCCUGGACCACUUCAGAAACCAGGAACUGUACUGCGACGCAACUAUAGCCUGUGAUGGAAAUGUGUAUCCCGUCCACAAGGUGGUUCUCUCGGCUUGCAGCAACUUUUUUGCGGCAAUAUUUGCAAACACCAAUGGUCAGAACCCUGUGGUUGUUCUGCAGGAUGUCGGCAGAGAGCAGCUCGAGAAUCUCUUGGCGUACAUGUACCGUGGGGAGGUGCUAGUACCACAGCCCGACCUGCCCCUGUUCAUCAAGGUUGCGAAGUCAUUGCAGGUCAAAGGGCUCGCUCUUCCUAUCCCAGAACGAUAUCCACCUAGACAUAUGAAUGGACCUUGGCACAAUGGCGUCUGCAGUCCACCAGAAGGAAAUGGAGCCCUCGGCAAAAUCCCAGACACACACACCCCCCCGCACAUCCAUCGCAGCUCUUACCGACAGGAACUUGUCAAUCCUCCCGUCUACCGUCACGAGAGACUUCCAAAUACGAUGCAGCACGAGUCGUCUGACUUACCAAGGUCGUGUAUGACGGACCAAGCAAAACAUCCACAACAUGAUGAGCUACACUUUAAAAGAAAAUCUCAUUUUAAGGACCUGGCUCAGAAAAGACAUGAAAAUAUGCACCUGAUGGGACACAAUGAGGCAAUGAGGCUUAGUGAUAGAAGUAGACCAAAUGAAAUAGCCAGAUCUAGUGAAAUGGCAAGAUUUAAUGAGAUGGCAAGGCCUAGUGAAAUGGCAAGACCUAACGACUCGGCAAGACUUAGUGACUCGGCAAGGCCUAAUGACUCGGCAAGACCUAGUGAAUUGACAAGACCUGGUGAAUUGACAAGACCUGGUGAAUUGACAAGACCUGGUGAAUUGACAAGACCUGGUGAAUUGACAAGACCUGGUGAAUUGACAAGACCUGGUGAAUUGACAAGACCUGGUGAAUUGACAAGACCUGGUGAAUUGACAAGACCUGGUGAAUUGACAAGGCCUAGUGAAAUGGCAAGACCUGGUGAAAUGACAAGCCCUACUGAAAUCGCAAAGACAAGCGAAACAAACCCAGAUGAUACAUCAAGACCAAACGAGACAUUACAAAUGAACGUGAUAUCAACACCUAUGGAGGUGGACGCUGCGCAGCAACUAUGGAGCGAAGAACCACCUCAACCCAACACCCAAGGACUCGAACACACUAAAAGAAGUUCCAGUGUUUCGUCUAGUGAGGGACGGGCGGAAGAAAAGUCAUUGUUGCCAGUUCCCAACUAUCGUGGUUCUCAAUCGCUUGGGACCUUCCAAAAUUUGGUUACCUCAGAUGACGACAAUACAAUUAAAGACGAGCCAUUGGAUUCUCCCGAUGACUACGAUCAACGCUCACUGUGCAUCUCUGAUAAUGUUGAGGAUCCACACGAUGAUAAUGAUGAUGACGAUGAUGAUAAGUUCAGUUUGAAAGUGUCGGAUGACAACGGCUACCACUCUGAGUCGUCUCAGUCUAACAGGGCCUCAACUGAACGCCAAGCGGAAAAGGACCCCCAUGAACCACUCAGUGCAGCAACGACAGCACUCGGGGGCCCCGACAGUACUCCGGAAAACAGCUCUACCUCACAUCUACGCAGAGAAUUAUUGAGACCCUUACAGCAUAAAUUAAAAUCCCCACCAAACCCUCAACUCAGCCCUCAAUCCAUUCCACACCCAGUGAUUGCUCCGAGAGAUCCUGAACGACAUCUAAGAGAACCUCCACCAUUAAUGAAGAUACCUCCGUUGGUAAUUGACAGUGAGCCAGCAAGGCCUUCACACGAGAUUAUGGAGCAGGAGCAUCAGGGGAGCAGCAGCCACAGUAGUCAUCUUCUAGUAAAAGUUCCUCCUACAUACCGCUCACAUGCUUCCCUGAGUCAGUUCAGCUUGCAAGUACACAAUCAACAGCUUGGGGGACCUGUUAUUGUCAAUGGCCGAGCACCUCUCCCAGAAAACUUUUCAAACUCUUCGGGUAACAGAGCGGCAUUACAACAGACUAAUGUUCCGCUGAAUCUAACAGGCCAUAACAAAUCGCCAGAUGACACGGAAAAGGAAGAUAAAGAUCCAUUUUUUGGCAAGAUCUUGACAAAUCGCAAGAAAAGACUUCGUGGGCCAAAAUCCUGGGAGUAUCUGGUACGUCUUCUCAAGGAUCCCACAACUAAUCCAUCCCUCAUCCGCUGGGAGAACGAAACCUCGGGAGUGUUCCGGCUCGUUCAACCUUCGGUCAUAGCGCAGCGGUGGGGAAGGCGGACCGGUAGACAUGCCGGCGAGACUUUGAGCUAUGAAAACUUUGCCAGGGGACUACGCUACCACUAUGCCACUGGAGCCCUUUUGCCCGUGUCAGAGAGAAGCUUUGUAUACCGGUUUGGGCCUAAAGCUCUCAAAGUUUUGAAGGAAUGUAAUUCAUCAGAAUUCCCAUAUAUAUGAUAGACGAGAUUACAGAAUUUCCAAAGUUGUGUAUACUGUAUCUCAGUGAAUCCAAUUAUCUGUGAUUUUAACCAUUAUGACAAUACAGUUGUUAAUGUUAAAUAAAGUAUUGCCAUUUGGUUUCAAUAUAUUACUGUUUUAAUAAAAAUGGUUAUUAUUUGUUAUAAAAUUUGCUUUAUAAAUGUAGCAUAUAAAAGUUAUGGGAUAAAAAAAAAAAUUGGAAUGUCAUUUAAUCCUUAGUUGAAUUUCGAUAAGGUAGCAACUUUAUUUGAUAAAGCAAUCAUCAUUACAGUACUACACAUAUCAUGUCAAAUAUAUAUAGUGUAUUAUUA